CCUUCACCCCUCUUCUCUCCUUACAACAAACCAAACCACUUUAAACACACUUACAAGAUCAGUUACAAUUACACACUUUCACUAGCUAUUACACUUUUUGAGGGUUUUUUUUUUAUUCUACUAUAUAUGGGGGCAAGCUCGGGUAUAGUACUAGAAAUCACAGUUAUAUCAUGCGAAAACCUUCGUGUCACGGAGGAUCCAUACGUUGUCGUUAGGGCUGAGUCGUUAAAUUGUUGCACCUCGAAUAUAGCGAAGGAUUGUGGGAGCAACAAAACGAGUUUGUUUUCGUGGAACGAGAAGUUGAUGCUGAACAUGCCCAUGCAUGCAAGGUCCAUCACGUUCGAGGUGCAAUGCAACAGGUUCAAGGGCUUUCGACCUGCUGGGGUGGCCAGAAUCGCCGUGUCGGAUUUUCUCGGCGGCGCUGUGUCGGAAAACUGCAUGCACGUGUUGAGUUACCGGCUGAGGGACUGGGAAGGGAAAGAAAACGGGGUGAUUCAUUUCACGAUGAGGGUGGCGGCAGCGCCGGUGAAGGGGACGGUGGUGAGUAAGGGUUCCGGUGAUGGGUUCGUGGGAAUCAACGUUGGUGGCAACAAGUGCAACGAAGUUGUUGUUGGUGUACCGUUUUGAUAUGGAACUAUUAUCCACUGGUAUCCUCAAUUAGAGUUAAUCAUGUUCGAAUUCGAAUUGAGUAAGACAGUAAAAUUAUUUUUUCAAGUAUGGAAUAUUUGUGUGUGUACAGAACUCAAAUUUAAAAUUUUUAGUUCAACUGAAACAAUUUUAUAUUGGUUGUUUGGUGGUAUAUAUAUUAUCCUAAAGUUAUUUGUAGAUAAAUGUUAUUUUUGUAAAUUUUAUUUAUUUGUUGUGUAUUGGUCAUUGGGAGUGUGGAAACUAGAAACUCCAAAGUCAAAUUCAAUUCACUUAUAUAUUGUGGCAAAACAAGGUUCAUGUUAUUUCCAGGAAAUAUUGUCUUGUACCGUUGUACGUCAA